AUGAGUUCUCGUGCUAAAAAGGCUAAACUAAAUGACGAUCUAAUAAAUCAAAUACUUGAAAUUGAUAAUUCUAGUAAUUCUAGUGAAUUUAGUGAUUUUGAUGACACUGACGAAGAUGUUACAUACAAUCCAAAUUCUUCAGAGUCUGAUGUUGAAAGUGAUGUUGAAGAUGAAGAUUUAGCUGUUGACGAGACUAUGGUCCCUUUUCGUGGGUGGUUGGGGUUCAGGCAGUACAUACCCGGAAAAUCACAUAAAUAUGGCGUAAAAUUGUUUAAGUUAUGUGGAACAAAUGGGUACACAUAUAAUGUGCAAAUUUAUGCUGGUAAAAGCCAAGUUGAUGGGAAUUUGCUUGCGUGCAAAGUUGUGUUAAAUCUAUGUCAGAUGUAUUUGAAUGCUAAUCGGAUAAUAACCACAGAUAAUUUUUACACUUCAUUACCCCUAGCAUAUGAACUUUUGAAAAAUAAAACACAUUUAACAGGAACACUACGCUCUAAUAGAGUUCGGGUACCAGGAGUAACUGAUGCGAAGUUAAAACGAGGAGAAAUUGUUGGUAAGGAAAAUGCAGAAGGAAUUGUUGUUGCUAAAUGGAAAGAUAAACGAGACGUUACUAUGUUGUCGACUCGACACGGUAUUGCCCUGAUAGAUACCGGCAUUGAUCUAUCUGAUCAACUUUCAAGUUAUAGUACAGCGGUCAGGAAAUCAAUCCGAUGGUACCACAAAGUCGCUACGGAAAUAUUACUAGGAACGGCUGUUGUAAACGCUUUAAUUGUUUAUAAUAAAAUGCAUGAAAGAAAAUUAAAAAUUACCCAGUUUCGAGAAAUAUUAGUUGAUCAAAUGUUAGAACUUGAAAAACAAAAUAAAUCUAUCGUAAAUGAACCAUCAACGUCUGGAAACAAACGAUCAAAAGGAAAUACGAAACAUUAUUUUCAAGAAACUACGGAAAAGUGUAAUAGGAAUCGAAAACUUCGAAAAAGAUGCGUUCAUUGCUAUCAAAGUAUAAAAGAUGUUGAGGGGACCGCAAAAGCUAGAGAAAGGUAA